AUGGGGAAAGAUCUGAGCGACGAUCAGAUUUCAUCGAUGAAGGAGGCCUUCACCCUUUUCGACACCGACGGCGACGGCAAGAUAGCGCCGUCCGAGCUCGGGAUCCUGAUGCGCUCCCUCGGCGGAAACCCUACCCAGGCCCAGCUGAAGUCCAUAAUCGCCGAGGAGAAGCUCAGCGCGCCCUUCGAUUUCCAGCGGUUCCUCGAUCUGAUGUCGAAGCACCUCAAGCCGGAGCCGUUCGAUCGCCAGCUGCGCGACGCUUUCAAGGUGCUCGACAAGGACGGCACCGGAUACGUCGUCGUUUCGGACCUUAGGCACAUCCUCACCAGCAUCGGGGAGAAGCUGGAGCCGGCGGAGUUCGACGAGUGGAUCCGCGAGGUGGACGUCGGGUCUGAUGGCAAGAUCCGGUACGAGGAUUUCAUCGCGCGCAUGGUCGCCAAAAUUUCUCAAGGUCUGGUUUCACAAGUUCCAGUUGCGUUGAUCGUCUUGAAGUGGGAGCCCACGCAACCUUCGUUUUUCAGCAGCAACCGAACUUCACAAGCGCAGAACUGCGCCGCCGUCUCCUCCGUCGUCAUGGGUCGUAUGCACAGCCGCGGUAAGGGAAUUUCAGCCUCAGCCCUCCCCUACAAGAGAACUCCUCCCAGCUGGCUCAAGACCUCUUCUCAAGAUGUUGAGGAGAAUAUCUGCAAAUUUGCGAAGAAAGGGUUGACGCCAUCACAGAUCGGUGUUAUUCUCCGUGAUUCUCACGGUAUUGCUCAGGUGAAGAGCGUCACCGGAAGCAAGAUCCUCCGCAUUCUGAAGGCGCACGGUCUGGCACCAGAGAUUCCAGAGGAUCUGUAUCACUUGAUAAAGAAAGCAGUUGCCAUCAGGAAGCACUUGGAGAGGAACAGGAAGGACAAGGACUCGAAGUUCAGAUUGAUUUUGGUGGAGAGCAGGAUUCACCGUCUUGCCCGUUACUACAAGAAGACCAAGAAGCUCCCGCCCGUCUGGAAAUAUGAGUCAACCACUGCUAGCACGCUUGUGGCUUAAGGCUUGAUUUUCUGGAGAAGUGGACAAGUAGCUCGUGAAGCUCUGGAGAGAAUGUGGAGUGUCACCAUCAACAUGCACGGGCGAAUUCUUGUAUUUUGGCAAGGAUAUAAUUAUAUCAGAAACUUUGAUCUUUGAUUCUACUGUGUUACUUUUAAGGAGAUGACAAUUUUGGAUAUCAUUUUUGUUCAUGUGAUUUCUAUUUCCCUUUUAAUCUGAAGCUUUUGAACUUGAUUUCUAGUGGCCUUGAGUAGUAGAUUUUAGCAGUUUCUGGGCGAUGUCCUCUGCUGGAGGAGGGAUGCGGACAGAAAAAAGAAAAAAGAAAAAAGAAAAAAGUUGAGAACAUGAGAAUAGUAUUGCAAAGCUUGAAAUUUGCAGUUAAAUUUAGAAAAUCUACUAA